AUGAGAACCCAUACUGGAGAAAAACCCUAUAAAUGUGAUGUUUGUAGUUAUAGUUGUAAAGUGGCUGGUAAUCUACAGAGACACAUGAGAACUCAUACUGGAGAGAAACCCUAUAAAUGUGAUGUUUGUAGUUUUAGUAGUAAUCAGGCUUGUAAUCUACAGACUCACAUGAAAACUCAUACUGGUGAGAAACCUUAUAAAUGUGAUGUUUGUAGUUUUAGUAGUAAUCAGGCUGGUCAUCUACAGACUCACAUGGGAACUCAUACUGGAGAGAAACCUUAUAAAUGUGAUGUUUGUAGUUAUAGUUGUAAAGUGGCUGGUCAUCUACAGAGACACAUGAGAACUCAUACUGGAGAAAAACCCUAUAAAUGUGAUGUUUGUAGUUAUAGUUGUAAAGUGGCUGGUAAUCUACAGAGACACAUGAGAACUCAUACUGGAGAGAAACCCUAUAAAUGUGAUGUUUGUAGUUAUAGUUGUAAAGUGGCUUGUAAUCUACAGACUCACAUGAAAACUCAUACUGGUGAGAAACCUUAUAAAUGUGAUGUUUGUAGUUAUAGUUGUAACGUGGCUGGUAGUCUACAGACUCACAUGAGAACUCAUACUGGAGAAAAACCUUAUAAAUGUGAUGUUUGUAGUUAUAGUUGUAAUCAGGCUGGUCAUCUACAGAGACACAUGAGAACUCAUACUGGAGAAAAACCCUAUAAAUGUGAUGUUUGUAGUUAUAGUUGUAAAGUGGCUGGUAGUCUACAGACUCACAUGAGAACUCAUACUGGAGAGAAACCUUAUAAAUGUGAUGUUUGUAGUUAUAGUUGUAACGUGGCUGGUAGUCUACAGACUCACAUGAGAACUCAUACUGGAGAAAAACCCUAUAAAUGUGAUGUUUGUAGUUAUAGUUGUAAUCAGGCUGGUAAUCUACAGACUCACAUGAAAACUCAUACUGGAGAGAAACCCUAUAAAUGUGAUGUUUGUAGUUUUAGUUGUAAUCAGGCUGUUAAACCCUAUAAAUGUAAUGUUUGUAGUUAUAGUUGUAAUCGGGCUGGUAGUCUACAGACUCACAUGAGAACUCAUACUGGAGAGAAACCCUAUAAAUGUGAUGUUUGUAGUUAUAGUUGUAAUCGGGCUGGUAAUCUACAGACUCACAUGAGAACUCAUACUGGAGAGAAACCUUAUAAAUGUGAUGUUUGUAGUUUUAGUUGUAAAGCUGGUAGUCUACAGACUCACAUGAGAACUCAUACUGGAGAGAAACCUUAUAAAUGUGAUGUUUGUAGUUUUAGUUGUAAUCAGGCUUGUAAUCUACAGACUCACAUGAGAACUCAUACUGGAGAGAAACCUUAUAAAUGUGAUGUUUGUAGUUUUAGUUGUAAUCAGGCUGGUCAUCUACAGAGACACAUGAAAACUCAUACUGGAGAGAAACCUUAUAAAUGUGAUGUUUGUAGUUAUAGUUGUAAUCGGGCUGGUAGUCUACAGACUCACAUGAGAACUCAUACUGGAGAGAAACCCUAUAAAUGUGAUGUUUGUAAUGAAAUGUUUAUAUCAAGUUCUCAUAGAAACCAACAUAGAAAGAAAAAACAUGGUAGUUAA